AUGGUGGCACACAAGAGACGGCUGGACUUGAAAGUGGAGACCAUGAAGCGUGAAAUGAGGGCUGAAAUUAUGUUCGUGUUGAAGAAUGCUGAUGGAGACAUGAUAGGACCAAAUGGAGUUGAUGUGAUUCAAGUUUGUCUCAUUAGAAUUGAACUACGAACUGAUUUGGAAGGUUUUGUUGUGGUGCAGAAUAUUGGCAUGGAUGAUGAGAUUGGGUAUCAUCCAUGCAUGAUGAAUGUUACUGGCAUCAGGUUAGUGAUGGCACCUGGCGGCAGUGGAGGAGGCGGUGGUGGAGGAGGGGGUGGAGGCGGUGGAGGCAGUGGAGGUGGUGGUGGUGGUGGAGGUGGCGGUGGGGGAGGAGGGCCUGUAGGUUGA